GCAAUGAAGCUUCUUAUAGCUGUGGCUCUGUUGGUUGUUGGACUCUCCCCUAGCCCAGGCUUCAGUCAGUUUGAUGAGGGCUCUGGACAGACUACUGAGGCACUAACUGAUGCAACAACUGAAUCAGAUAUCCUAACUGAUGUACCAACUGAUGCACCAACUGAGGCACCAACUGAUGGAUCCGUAUCAGUUGACAGUGUGGAUUUCUAUUACUUUUCCGAUGCUGUCGACAUACAGAUCCUCUUUAACAACUUGAUGGAGAAUCCAUUUGUAAACGAUGACGAGUUUUUUUCGGUGGAUCAUACGUCUGAUGUACCGUGCUUUUUGAACCAAUUUGUUUUUAGAAAUACGUACACGAAUGAAAUCUUCCAAGCAGAAUACGGGGGCGUUUGCGAAUCCGACCGUGUCAACUCCACCCUGAUCACCAUGAAUCCUAGAGAUUUUCUCAGGAUGGUUAGGAAUGAGUUUAUCGAUACAACCUCUACUAUGCCCGUGGAAAUGUACAGUGCAGAUAUGCUUGGAGCUCCGUUCAACCUUCGAAUAGAACCAAAUAAUGCCAUUCUGUGUGACUUGAGAUUGAAUUUGCACCAUGUAUUCAUUGAUAGCUUUGAUUAUUGGACCGAUGAGGGGAUUCUUCUGAUUCAUUUCAAUGCUUUCAUUGAUGUUGCGACUGUCAAUGCCAGCAAGCUAUCACUCUCUCGCAAUUACUAUCAAGAUGAUAUAAAUGACUUAGUUUAUAUUACGGGUGGCGAAGUACUGAACCAGUCGCCUGGCUUAACAUCAUCUGUGGCUAUAAGACUGACUUCUAGUGAUCUAGCUCUUGUUGCGAGCACAGGAAUAUGCACUGGUAGUGAUGGGAAUUUCAUUGACGACUGUUACCUUGACACAAAAUCAGGAUUUGCUACCGCGUAUUAUGGAAUAGAGGUUGAUCCUACUGCUAGCGAUACAUAUUUUUCUUAUUUUAUUGAUAAAAUCCGGACGGCAUCCACAGAUUCUGAGCCAGUGACUAUGUCCAUUCAGCUGGAGUAUGUCGAUGGAUUGACUCUGAACCUGACGCUAGAUUUAGGUCAGCCAUUCAGUGUUCGAUCGUCUCUUGGCGAGAGGAUUAUCAGUGUGACGUGUACUAGCAGGGACACUAACGAAAAUGUGAACCCCAUGCUGGAGAUUGACAAUGGUGCAGUGUCUAUUCCACCUAACUACAUCCAGAAUGAUUGGCCCAGCUCUACCACCUUGAACGCACCCAGGGGGCUAGCUGAGUCUGGUUUGGAAGGCUAUUACACGUGCAGGACAGAGGGAAAUACUUUCUUCAGCCCUCACCUUCUGCAUUCCAAUGCUUUUCGUAUCUUUUUCUACCAAGGAUCCUCUGCUACAGCUGAUGUACAUGAAGACAUUGUACUCCGCUUUGCACACACCGGUUUUACUACUGAUUUUUUUUAUGAUCUUCGUGGUGAUCGAUUUAAUUUGUUUCAUGAACCUGAUGUACAACUGGCAACUUUUGAGUACCAUUUCGAAAUAAACACGUUGUUUCCACAUCAUGUUGAGCUGCACAUCAACAGGAUCCAAUUUGACUACGAGGGAGAGUAUUCUAUCGUAUACGAUUUUAGUUUUCAAUUACGACCAAACUUUGUUAUCAAUGUAAACAAACCUGAACUCACUCUCUACCCACCGGUCCUGACUGUGCUCAGCUCUGACCCUCCCGAUACAACAGCCUCUCUCACUUGUACAUCUGAUAAUACAAAUGUUCUUGUGCUGUUCUCUGGAGAUUACACAUCACUGGGUAUUACGUCUACCUACCUGGAUGACACCAAUAGCUCUGUGAGAUUGGAUUUUGAACUGAACGAAAGCAAUAUUGGCAUGCUAGAGGGGAUGAAGUUUAUCUGUGAGGCCAGGGACCCCGAUGUUCUUAACUCUACUGUGUCAAUAGCUAGCUCCACCUUCAGGAAAGUGUCAGCUCCUCUGACUCUCUUUGAAAUUAAGCCGUCUAGCCGUAAGCAAGUUAUCGAUGGUGCGAUGAUUAAUACAGCCAGUUCGUUUGAAUGUCUCUGGUAUAUCAAUCCUACACGAACGGAUCUUGAGAUCAUCCCUGAGACGUUGUUCUGGAGAAUCAACCACUUGGAGACAAAAAAAGAAAUAGAAUUCACUUCAGAUGUUAGUGGCGAGGAUUUUAUAGUCACUACCCUCGAGAAUGGUAUCACUCUGAAUAUUCUCGGUGGCUUCCUUGGAAGCGUUUCGUGUAUUAAUGGCGAAGAUAGUAUAAGUAUCAAUGUUGUCACUAACGAGGAUGUGCUAACCACCACUGCUGCACCAGACACUGAUACUAUUCCUACUGACACUAUUCCUAAUGCCGUUGUCGUGGAGAUCAACGGAUUUACUCCUUCCACGUUCACUCUUGAGAAUCAGAGGCGCUUCAGAGAAGCCACAGCAGAUGCUGUCAAUGCUUACUGUGAGGACAAGGAGUGUCUGGUAGCAUACCCUCAGGCAAGAUCAAGGAGGAACACGCUCACGGCUGACAAUCUCUACAUUGCUGACAUCACUAGCACUGGAGAUUCUAGAGUCAGCUUCAACUUGUACGCUCGUUUAGAUAGUGGCACCAUCAGCGGCAGUGCCUUGGUAACGGCUGUACUGGAUCACCAUGACGAGUAUGCAGUCCUAGGCUUUAAUGUGGCCAGUGUAAAGCUGCCUACAAAGUCAACCACCAUUCUGACAACCAACCAGAUCAUUGGUAUUGGUCUUGGAAUCCUAAUACUGGUCCUUCUUCUCAUUACUAUCACAUGGAUUUGUGUCAAGUUUCGAUCAAAGCAACCCAUUACUGGAGGAGACCUCACGUAUGCUAGCCCUAGUUUUGACAUGAAGCCAGUACCCCACGAGUGCCUCGAAGAACAAGAACAAGCCGUGGGACUAGAGUCUGAGGAGAAGCAAGGGGAUCUCAACUAUGAGAGAUAUAAGAUCAUUUAAUAAUCUAGUCUUAACAACAACAUCAUUUUGGUGACAGUUAUAAGUAGCUUAGCUGCUGAACUUAUAGUUAUGAUUUGUCUUUUAGAACUAUAUCAUCUCUUACUUGUUCCCUUGAAGUAAAAUGAAGUGAAUAGUGUUUUUCUGACCAUAA